AUGGUUUCUCACUCAGUCAACAAGACCGCCCUCCACCCUGGUGGUGUCGAGCCAGGUCGUGAACACACCGAACUCGAAGAAGAACUUUACACUACUGCUCACAUCGACUACGACCGCGUGGCUAUCGUUGCCAACCCCUCAGUAUCUGCCCUUUAUGAAGAUGCCCUAGUCUACGAGACCGGCACAGCCAUUACAUCCUCCGGUGCCUUGAGUGCCUACUCUGGUAGCAAGACUGGUCGUUCUCCGCUCGACAAGCGUGUAGUCAAGGAACCCAGCUCUGAGAAGGACAUAUGGUGGGGACCUGUCAACAAGCCCAUGUCAUCAGAGGUCUGGAAGAUCAACAGAGAGAGAGCUAUCGACUACCUCAACACUCGAAACCGCAUUUAUGUUAUCGAUGGUUAUGCUGGCUGGGAUGAACGAUACCGCAUCAACGUUCGAGUGGUUUGCGCACGUGCCUAUCAUGCCCUGUUCAUGCGAAAUAUGCUCAUCAGGCCUUCUCGCGAGGAGUUGAAGAAGUUCCACCCUGACUAUGUCAUCUACAAUGCUGGUUCUUUCCCGGCCAACAGAUACACCACCGGCAUGACCAGCGCCACCAGCGUUUCCAUCAACUUUGCCGAGAAAGAAAUGGUCAUCCUUGGUACCGAGUAUGCGGGUGAGAUGAAGAAGGGUGUUUUCACGGUCCUCUUCUACGAGAUGCCUGUCAAGCACAACGUCCUGACCCUGCACUCUUCCGCCAACGAGGGAGAGAAGGGUGACGUUACUGUCUUCUUCGGCCUGUCGGGCACUGGAAAGACCACUCUUUCGGCCGAUCCCAAGCGAAAGCUCAUUGGUGACGAUGAGCACUGCUGGAGUGACAAGGGCGUCUUCAACAUCGAAGGUGGAUGUUACGCCAAGUGCAUUGGGCUGUCCGCCGAGAAGGAGCCCGAUAUCUUCGGCGCCAUCAAAUUCGGUUCGGUCUUGGAGAAUGUCGUCUUCGACCCCGAGACUCGCGAUGUCGACUACGAUGAUUCCACCCUGACCGAGAACACUCGAUGCGCCUACCCUAUCGAGUAUAUCGGCAACGCCAAGAUUCCUUGCCUCAGCAACAACCACCCAACCAACAUCAUCCUGCUUACCUGCGACGCCCGCGGUGUGCUACCACCCAUCUCCAAGCUCAACACUGCUCAGACCAUGUUCCACUUUAUUUCUGGAUACACCUCCAAGAUGGCCGGCACAGAGGAUGGUGUUACAGAACCACAAGCCACCUUCUCCUCCUGCUUCGCCCAGCCAUUCUUGGCGCUUCACCCUAUGCGCUACGCAAAGAUGCUUGCAGACAAGAUCUCUGAACACAAUGCCAAUGCCUGGCUUCUCAACACUGGCUGGGUUGGUGCCGGAGCGGCCACUGGUGGUAAGCGUUGCCCAUUGAAGUAUACCCGAGCCAUCCUGGAUGCCAUUCACUCUGGCGAGCUUGCCAAGCAGGAGUACGAGACGUAUGAUGUGUUCAACCUCAGUGUCCCCAAGACAUGCCCUAAUGUUCCCGAUGAGAUGCUCAACCCCAAGAAGAGCUGGACUGGCUCGGCCGAUUUCGGUGAAGAAGUCACCAAGUUGGGCAAGCUGUUUAACGAGAACUUCCAGAAAUAUGCCGAUGAGGCUACCGAGGAGGUUAUCAAGGCUGGACCGGCUGCGUAA